AUGUCUGCACCUAACGCUGGUCGUCAAUCUCCCGACCCUGAGAACCAAACCGGUGCUCAGCAACAAGCUCAUCCUGCCCAACCAGGGAGUGGAAAGGUCGACAACUCACAGGGGAAGAACGAAGGGAAAGGAGAACAGGCCUCGGGUCUAGCAGACAACCCAACACAUGUCCUUGCUGAACAUGCUGAUAAGACAACUUCCAAGUCUUGA